AUUUCAACCACACCUUCCAAUUUGUAGACAUGGAGAAAAAGUUUUAUUGCAUUCUUGCAUAUGCAUUCCUCACCAUAACCUUUCAAACACCUUGUAUAGCCAAAAUGAGCCUUGCCACUGAUCAAACUGCUCUUCUUUCAUUAAAGCAACACAUCAUCUCUGACCCUUCUCAUACACUUGCUGCAAAUUGGACUAAUUCGAGCUCCGUCUGCAGCUGGAUUGGCGUGUCUUGCAGCUUGCGUCACCAUAGAGUAGCUGCAUUGAAUCUCUCUUACAUGAAUCUCUCCGGCAGCAUUCCACCACAACUCGGUCAGCUAUCCUUCCUCGCCUCCCUCGACCUCACCAGCAACCUGUUCAGUGGAGCGUUGCCUCACGAGCUGUCUUUCCUUCACAGGUUGAAGUUCAUGUCUCUCCGACUUAACAACUUCACAGGAGAGAUUCCUUCUAUCUUUGGUCAUCUACCAGAGCUAGAGUACUUGAAUUUACGCAACAACAGCUUUGUAGGUUCCAUCCCAAAAUCCCUCUCAAAUCUUACAAGCCUGGAAUUCCUCAACCUAAAUUACAAUUCUCUAAGUGGAGAAAUUCCAAAAGAGUUAGGCAGACUUGAAAAUCUAGAUUCUCUUUAUAUUAAUUGGAAUCGUCUCUCCGGGGCUAUACCAUCAGCGAUAUUCAACCUGUCGAAGCUGGUGUCUAUAGGGUUCACAGGGAAUGAAUUGAGUGGAAGUCUUCCAACAGACAUGUGCACCAAUCUUCCAUUUCUUGUACAGAUCUAUUUUUCUAAAAAUCAGCUUAGUGGCGCGAUUCCGACAAAUCUAUCACAGUGUUCAGAGCUACAACUGCUGUCCCUCUCCCUCAACUCAUUCAGUGGGCAGAUACCUGCGGAAAUCGGCCACUUAACAUCUCUUCACACUUUAUACCUCGGUGAAAACAAUUUGAAUGGUACACUACCAGCUGAGAUUGGCAACCUUCACAACAUGGUUUUUUUUGGUGUUGAAAACAAUCAGAUUGGGGGCUCAUUUCCUUUUAGUAUUUUCAUGAAUAUGUCUUCUCUUCAAGAAUUAACACUAUGGAGAAACAAGUUCACAGGGAAUAUUUCAAAGGAUGUUGGAAAUCUUACAAUGCUAACUCAAUUAUCAAUUUCCCAUAACUACAUGACAGGGAUUAUUCCCACUGAAAUGGAGCAACUUUACAGACUGACUAUAUUAACAUCAGAUGACAAUUACUUGAGUGGUUCCAUUCCACAUGGUCUCUUUAACAUUUCUACUCUUCAAGUUCUUUCAUUAACUGGGAAUGCCCUCUCUGGAGUUCUUCCACCCAAUUUGUGCCAACAUGAAACUCUUCCCAUUAUUGAAGAGCUUUUUCUUGGCAAAAAUUCCAUCUCUGGACCAAUACCCAACUCUAUCUCCAAUUGUUCCCAACUCAGAUUUCUCGCACUUUCUCAAAACAAAUUCGGUGGUUAUAUACCUACUGAUCUCGGCAACCUAAGACUUCUCCUACGCCUUGAACUGUUCAGCAACAAUCUUUCUUCAAACCUCGAUUUCAUUACCUCAUUGUCAAAUUGCAGGUCUUUAAAUCGUCUGACUUUAGCUAAUAAUCCUCUGUAUGGCGCCAUUCCACCUUCUAUUGGGAAUUUAUCUUCCUCACUCCAACAGUUCUAUGCCGGUGGCUGCAAAUUGAACGGCACCAUUCCUGCUCAAAUAGCCAAUUUAACAAGCUUGGCGAUCUUGAGUUUCCAUGACAAUGAGUUAUCUGGUUCAAUUCCUAAAUGUUUGGGUAAUGCCUCUUCUUUAAGAGUUGUUUUACUAAACACCAACAUGUUCCAUUCAAGUAUACCAUCCAGCUUAUGGGGCCUUGAAGAUUUGCUCAAUCUUGAUUUGUCCUCAAAUUCAUUAACUGGGUUUUUACCUCAAGAGAUAAGUAAUCUAGGAGCAGCAAUAUCUAUUGUUCUCUCCAUGAAUCAGUUGUCAGGGUCUAUUCCUGACACUAUUGGAAAGUUACAGAAUUUGGCCAAUCUUUCUUUGGCAAAUAACAGACUAGAAGGUUCUAUUCCAGUUUCCAUGGGAAGCAUGAUCAGUUUGGUGACUCUUGACUUGUCCCACAACAACCUCUCUGGUUCAAUUCCAAAGUCUUUGGAAGAGCUUCAAUACCUCAACUAUUUCAAUGUCUCUUUCAAUAGUUUGAGUGGAGAAAUUCCUAGUGGUGGCUCUUUCAGAAACUUUACUAUGGAUUCUUUUAAGGGCAAUGAGGCAUUGUGUGGAAUCCCGAGAUUCCAUGUCCCAAUUUGCCUAGCUGUUUCUAAUCAUGUAUCAAAGAGGAAGAGGGUUGAACGAGCUUUAUUUGUUGCUUUUGGAGUUGUGGCUUUCGUUUCAAUUGUGUCUUUGGCUUUUAUCUUAUUUAGAUGCAAAAGGAAAGAUAAGACAACUAGAGAAGUUGAUGAGUUGAUAUCCAUUGUGCCAGAAAGAAUAUCUUAUUAUGAGCUUAUGCAAGCAACUGCACAUCUCAGUGAGAGCAAUUUGCUUGGAAUUGGGAGUUCUUGCUCUGUUUACAAAGGAAUUCUUAACAAUGGGAAUGUUGUUGCUGUUAAGGUGUUCAACCUUCAAUUACAAGGCAUUUUGAGGAGAUUUGAUGUCGAAUGUGAGAUACUUCGUAGCAUUCGGCAUAGGUGUCUGACAAGCGUCUUAAGUUGUUGUUCUAAUGAAGAGUUCAAGGCAUUGGUACUUGAAUAUAUGCCCAUGGGAAACCUUGAUAUUUGGUUAUAUUCUCAUAACCACUGCUUGAAUUUUAUGGAAAGAUUGAAUAUAAUGAUUGAUGUUGCAUCUGCUCUGGAGUAUCUUCACCAUGGUUGUUCAACACCUAUUGUUCAAAGCGACCUGAAGCCAAGUAAUGUGUUGUUAGAUGAAGAUAUGGUUGGCCAUGUAAGUGAUUUUGGGAUAGCAAAGUUACUAUGCGAUGGAGAUAGCAUGGUGUUAACCAACACCCUAGGAACAUUGGGUUACAUUGCUCCAGAGUAUGGAUCAGAAGGACUAGUCUCCACAAGGUGCGAUGUGUAUAGCUAUGGUGUGAUGUUGAUGGAAGUAUUCACGAGAAAAAGGCCAAGUGAUGACAUGUUUGUUGGAGAUCUAAGCUUGAAGAGUUGGAUCGAAAGGUCAGUUCCAGAAUUCACAUAUCAAGUUAUAGAUGCCAACUUAGUAGUGAAUGUUGAAGAAAAUAAUGGCAAAAAUAUUUUGGAAUUCACAACAUCCAUAUUGGAGUUAGCUUUAAAGUGCUCUGCACAUUCCCCUAAUAAAAGGAUUAAUAUGAAAGAAGCUCUAGCAGAGCUGCAGAAAAUCCAACGUGGGAUUAUAGGGUGAGGCCUUAUAGAGUUGUUUUAUUACUUUUUUUAGAUGUUACUGAGAUAUGUAUAAUAUAUUUGGUCCAAUACUAGUUAGUUCUGUUUUGCAUUCAAUCAUGUUGUGUAAUGUAGUACUGGUACUUUUUUAAAGAUAAUAUUUGAUUCAUUACUA